GUCAAGGCUGCGAGAGGAGAGAUCCACGGUGGAUUUGUUCAAUGCCCGUCAGACGUUGGCCCUUCAUAGAAGUCGGGAUAGUGUUCUGCAAGCUCCUUCUGAUGGCUGUCGCGAUGUCCAUACUCUGCCGCUUCACCAAGUUUGGAGGCAUCUCCGAGGUCCACCCCGACAUCUGGAAGUGUCUGGCCCUGCUACAGACUACGUCCUUCCUCAGCGUGGUAUUGUCCGCCUUCUAUUUCGUGGUCGCGCACGACUACCUCGACUUCGGCACGAGGGUCUGGCACUCGGUGGCGUUGACCGUGAGCAUAUUCCCGCUGAUCUUCGCCGAGUUCGGGCGCAGGAGGUGCAACUGGCUCGUGCGCUUGGGCCUGGAGCAGCUGGAGCGUGAGAAGGUGUUGUCGCGGCUGCAGCGGUUCCCGAGCGUUCAGUUCAGGUCCCUCUCCUGUGGCACGGACGAUCUCCAGCAAGACAGCUGCGCCAUCUGCCUGUCGGACUUCGUGGAGGACGACGCGGUCUGCCAGUUGCCAUGCAGGCACGUCUUCCACACAUCGGAGUGCAUCCGGGGGUGGUACCUGAGCUGCUGCGGCCUCCUGGUGCAUCCAGCGGAGUGCAGCGCCCGCUGCGCUUGCCCUAUGCGGUGCUCUGGCCCCGAGGAGGCCAGGGCGCCGGAUCCGGCCACAAUUGGCCGAGCGGCCGCCGCGGGUGCGGAGGCGCCGGCGCUCGCGGCGGGCGGCGGCAGCGCGGAGGUGGCGGUCUGA